AUGGGCGCCGCAGCGCCAAAAAAGGAAGGCGACAUCUCCUCCGUCUUCGUCUCUCUAUCGGGCACCGCCCAUGAAGCACUGCCGGACCGUUUCCGUGUGCUCAAGGAGGACCUCAUCGCGGGUCACGAGGACGCCGUCGUUGCGUCCUGGCCCCGGCUUCUGCAUGCUUUGCGGGAGGAAAACCAAGUCAUCCGGGAAAAGGGACCCGCCAUCAUCCCGAGCGUUGAGUUCAAGGACUUGGAGGGCGAUAUUGAGAGGUUGAAGGGCGAUAUUCGCAAGCGUGGCGCCGCUGUCGUUCGUGGUGUCGUUGAUGAGAAGGAGGCUAGAGGAUACAAAGAGGAGGUUGAGGAAUAUGUCAGGAAGAACCCGUCCACAAAAGACAAUCCCCAAGUCUACGAGCUCUACUGGUCUCACCCGCAACUUAAAGCCCGCUCGCAUCCCAAUAUGCUCAAAGUUCAGUCGACCCUCAUGGGCUCCCUCUGGAACAAGUCCCCCUCGGCCGCCAUCUCUCUGCAGCCUCUAACCUACGCCGACCGCCUUCGCAUCCGCCAGCCCGGUGACGCAACGUUCGCCCUCGGCCCACACAUUGACGGCGGAUCCGUGGAGAGAUGGGAACGCGAAGGGUAUGGCAAGGCCGGGACCUACGAUGCCGUCUUCCGAGGCGAGUGGGAGAAUUACGACCCGUGGGACGUCAGCGCUCGCGUCGAGGCCGUCCAAGACUUGUACAACGGUGCCGGUGCAUGCAGCAUGUUUCGCAUGUUCCAGGGCUGGCUGAGCCUGAGCUCGUGUGGGCCGAGGGAGGGGACCUUGUUAGUGAACCCGCUAGUACAGCUCUCGACCGCCUACUUUCUCCUCCGACCGUACUUCCAACCACGCAAGGAACUCUCUGCGAGUGGCAGCGGGGGCAUCGCGGGAGGAGGGGAAGAGUUCUUGCGAGAGGAGAACUGGGCGUUUACGGGCGGCGAGGCGAUGAGUAGCGAGCUACAAGGAGCGACGCCGGGACACGGACAGGAGCUCAGUGAGGCAUUGCACCCGCAUCUGGAGCUUGACGGCACAAUGGUUCAUAUUCCGCGCAUCAAGCCUGGCGACUUUGUCGUUUGGCACGCGGACCAGAUCCACGCCGUCGACAAGGUCCACCAGGGACAGGGCGACUCGAGUGUUAUGUACAUCCCUGUGUGUCCGGCGACGGAUCUGAAUGUCGGGUACUUGGCGAGGCAGAGGGAGGCGUUUCUUGAAGGGCUGCCAGGGCCGGAUUUCCCCGGCGGAAAGGGGGAAAGCGAGCACGUUGGGAGGCCUGGAGAGGACGCCAUCCAGGGGGUGGAGGCGAGGCGGGCGAUGGGAUUAGAAAAGUUGGUAUGCGCUGGAGAUGGCCAUGGAGAGAGGGAUCUGAUCCACAGGGCGAACAAAGUCCUGGGGGUUUGA